AUGGCAGUGAUCCGUCUAGCCAUGGAAGAUUCCCAGAUACCGUUGGUCCGGUCGGAAAGUGGUGCAUGCGACACAUGGUCAAGGUUGGAAGACCACUUCGAGAAGAAGAGUCUUGCCAACAAGCUGUUCUUGCGCCGUCGCUUCUUCACGACGAUGAUAGAAGAAAGCGACGAUGUGCUCGAACAAAUUGUAAAGCUCAAGACGUUGGCGGAACAGCUAGAAGCGGUGGGGGCUCCGGUCUGCGAGGACAAUCUGGUGAUCACUCUUCUCGGCAGUCUGAGUGACUCGUAUCAAUUCUUGAUCACAUCUUUGGAGUCGCGCUCAGACACUCUUAGCUGGGAGCUCGUGACGUCUCGACUGCUUCAUGAAGAAAUGAAGCGGAAGGAGCAAGGAAGUAAAGGUGAUGAAGCUUCACAAGGUCAAGCGUUCAUCACAAGGGACAAGCAGCGCAAAGGGCGACCAGUGAAGAAGUCCUGA